AUGGAGCUGAGCGCAGAGAAUCUUGCUUUGCACGACAGGAACGAGCAGCGGUUCGACUCCAGCGACGACGACUCGGAGUACACUUAUGAGACGGACCUGGUGUACCACGACCCGCAGAAGGAGUGGGAGGAGAACCUUGUGCAGCUGAAGACUCUGGUGAACUUCGUGCUGUUGCCUGUCAUCGGCAAGGUGCUGGGGCGACGGUUUGCCAACUACGUGUGGAUGAAGAUCGCUAGUCGUAUUUAUUCGUGA